AUGAACAAGAUGUGGGGAUUUAUAUUUCUCUAUAUCCUGGGGCUAAACAUUUCUCAGGCAACUGGAGAAGACCCCUCAACACAAAUGCAUUAUGUCAAACUGAGAAUCGAUAAAAAUAACAUCGGACGCCUAAACAGUUGGCUGCCAUCUAACCUGAGUAAUUCCACCUGGAAAGUGGACGAGUUUCAACCCACAACAACCUGCAAGGACAUGGCGGGUAAAAGAGAGUGUCACUGCGAGGUGGACCACAGAUGGACGGAUAAAGUGCGUCAGUCUAAUUCCAAGGGUUGUGCCGGCAACACAUGCACUUUCCCUGAAAAGUCUCACACGUGUGUUUCAAACAGCACAGUGACACUCAGAGGAUCCAUUCGAAUACAGGGAUCAGGGUUUCAUGAUUGUCUGAGAGACGAAAACUCACAGGAAUAUCAAAGUUGUAAUACCAAAUUGUUAAACAAGAUGAAAGAAGUCUACAGCACUUUGAAGGGAUUUGACUUUUUAAAUAUUACCAAAUACAGUUUUGGAAGCAUUGUCGCAGAUUUUGGAAUUACAAUCAGUAAAAGCAUGAGUCCAGACGACCUGAUCCAGAAAUCAGAAAACCUAAUCACAGCUCUGAACGCCACACUCAAUCUGGAAACUAAAGGUGUUGUGAGUUUAACGAUGCCAGACAACCCUGUGAAGUACAACUCCCAGCAACAGCUCUUAUGCACAUCGAAGGAGGAUCUGGGCACCACGGCAGUGUGGCGGCAGAAGAAAGAUGAUGAAAAAGAAUAUCCGAUAACUAACGGCACAGAGGCAGACAUUACGUUCUCAACACGCUUGUCCACACUCACUCUCAAAAAGAUAUCAGCCUCCUGGGAAGGAGAGUACAUAUGUGUAUUCCGUCAAAAGAACACAUCAUUAGACAUAACUCACAGUGCCAGAGCCGUAAUGGACGUAGCUCUCCUGCCAAACAUUUUCAUCACCGCAGUCCCAGAAUUUCCAAACUGUCUCAAGAUAGGUGAUGUACUGAGAGUAAGAAGCAAAUGUUUGAUUAGGGAGGACAAUGAAAACUACACCGUGACAUGGACAGGUCCAACCAUGGAGGGGAAAAUUAAUCCAUUAAAAGCCGAUUACUCCUCUGAAGAAGUUGUUCAUCAAGCUGAGGCAGCGGUCACCUGCAACCCAAGUGUACCGAACCUGAAACCGGAAAUAACGUGCACAUUUGAGAACAGACUCAAACAGUCGAGAAACGCGUCAUUUGUUUUCAAUAUCAUAUACGCUGGAGACGGGUUCUGUGCAGCAGACGGUGACUGGGGAGAAACCAAAGCCAACUUCACUUCAGUGCUACAGUGCAAGAACGCAGACGGACUAAGACAAAGGAAAUGCAGCAUUGAGUGUACAUGGGAACCGGAGGAAGACAAUUGUGUUAACAAUGAUGUGUCAAGUUUACUGCACUCUGCGCAUGAUGUUGACAUCGGACUUGGCUCAUUGAAUAAAAAUGUUGCAGACGUAUUUGACCUCCUGAGUAAUGUCACUAAUAACACAAUGGCUAUCAACACCGUGUCCAACGUGAAGGCAACGGUGGAAGUACUCCAUGUCUUGAGUGACAAGCAAGGGCUCAGGCUGAAUGGAUCAGGAGUGUACACUAGUACUGACAAUCUUCUCUCUUUUCAGGGCUUUCUGGAAACAUCCAGCAACUUGAUGGAGAAGUCUCUUGAGAAUACAUGGAUUGAAAAAAAAGAUGAUGCAAAUUUGUCAAUAGCUGAGACAUAUAUACAUUCUGUUGAGAAAUUAAUGAAGGUGUCAAACAUUACAGCUAACAACAUUCAAAAAAAUAUAGAGCUGGCCACGUGUGAUAAAAAGCAGGGGUCUGGAUGUACCAACACCGCCUUCGGUGUCACUGUCGAUUUUGACAGUUCAGACAAUGACAGCGUGGCAACAGCUGGAUUUAAAGAACUGCAGAAUUAUUUGCCCCAGAGUGAUGAGGAGUACGAAGUCAACAGCAUUGUUGUGAUGACAACCACUCAAAAGAAUCACUCGGGUUCAGUCGUGGUUAAAAUGAAUUUCCCGUUGAUCCGUCCGAGGCCUCGCAACGUAAAGAUAAAGUGUGUCUCAUGGGACUACGAGAAACAUCAAUGGUCAUCGCGUGGAUGUGAAUGGAUGGGUCCUGAUGAUGAUGGACACUGUGUUUGCAGCCAUUUGUCCUCAUUCGCCAUUUUAAUGGCUAGGUAUCCAAUAGUUCUCCCAGGGAUGAGUGAGUUAACCAUCUUUGGACUGUCUAUAUCAGUCAUAUCCUUAGUUGUUACUCUUGUAAUAGAAGUGAUCGUCUGGAGGGCUGUAGUUAAAACCAGUACUCGAUAUCUACGGCACGUGGCCCAGGUAAACAUUUCUCUAUGUUUGCUAGUCGCAGAUUGCUGCUUUUUAGCAUCUUUCAAGCCAGAAAAUAUUUCCGAAAUCUGGUGUAAGGCCUUGGUGAUGUUGAAGCAUUUCUGUUACUUGUCCAUGUUCUUUUGGAUGUUUUGUCUGAGCAGCACGCUUCUUCAUCAAGCAGUUUUCCUGUUCCACAAGAUGAGCAAGAAGGUUUACCUGAGGUUCUACAUAAUCCUGGGCUACGCAUGUCCGCUGCUUAUCGUUUUGAUCACAUUCAUUGCUAGCAGCGGUGGUGCUGAGGGCGUGUACUUCACCAAAGAAUCCUGUUGGCUGGUUUAUAGUGGAUUUUUUAGUGGGUCCAUCCACACAUUUAUCAUACCAGUCGGUACAAUUGUUCUCAUCAACGUGAUCUCCAUGGGGGUGGUAAUCAUGAAGCUUUUGGAUCACCCUACAAAUGCAGGAAACCCUGAUGACAGAUCUGCCACCAAAUCGGUCAUGAGGACCGUUAUUCUUCUGACUCCGAUCUUCGGUGUCACUUGGAUCUUUGGGUUUGGUGUAACUAUUCUCGACCUCUCAUCUGGAAUCGCAGCCCCUGUGGUCAACUAUGUCUUUAUCCUGCUGAACUCAUUUCAGGGUUUGUUUAUUUUGUUAACCACAUACCUGGGGGACAAUCUGUCCCGUCAAGCACUACUAAACCAUCUGAGAAAAAGGGCAUCCGUCAGUGACAGCUCCACCACGUUGGACUCAAAAUUGAGCAAGUAAAAAUCUUCGGGAGUACGUUUCCUCUCAAAUCACCACAAACUACACAAUCGCGCGUAGUAAGCU